AAAAAGUGAAAGGAAACCACAAUCAGAACCGCCAACCAUGUCCGCACCAUCCAACAACAGCAACUCUGGCCAGAACCAGCAGCAGCCCGGCCUCUGGGAAGGCCACGCUGAGUACAUCAAGGGCGUCGCCGAGAGCGCCGUCGGUGCCGUGACGGGGUCCUCCGCCUGGUCGGCCUCGGGCGAGCAGGACAAGGCGCACGCGCGGGCGUCGAUGCAGGCGGCCGCCGAGCACCGCGACCCGGCCAAGAGCGGGUACGGGCGCGCCGAGGAGGUCGCGGGCCGCCUGACGGGCUGCGAGGGCAUGAAGCACGAGGGCGCGGCGAGCCGGGCCGCGGGAACCAAGAGAAGGGACGAAUAGUUGCUGGUACAAGGUAGCUCCUAUGCGGUUGACGCGGAAGGUGAAAAGGGUGGCGGAGGGCAGGGUGGAAACCCGGAAAGACGGUGCUCCGGCCCGAUGUGGUGUGGCUUGUGUCUGUGCGAAAAGCUUUUGGUAUGCUUGCUGUCUAAAACUACCUACCUAUCUAAUCUGGUGGGUUGUUUCCGUGAGCGCGUUUUGGAUGUGCGAACCGCUAUAUCUCUAUAUCCAGAGAAAUGUUAGCAGAGGGGCACGCACCCUGUCCGUAACCUGCCUUCUUCAGCUCAUGGUGCUCUUAACCAAACACACGGGAGCAAGCUGAAU